GUGUAACCACCGGAUUUGAGCACGCUGAGGUCGCAUUACCUAUGUUCUAAGAAGGACCUAUGAUUUGAUCAAAGGAGAAAGCCCUACAUCAAAUUUUCAAUCUAGCUCUGGAAGAUCUGAUGGUGACGAUUUCCCCAAACAGCAUGCACAAAUCGGUCAAAACGCCCACAUCCGCGCAAACGAUCAUGUCCCGGAAGGAACAACUUGUGGAACCAGCAGUGUAUGUCAACAUCCAGCCCACGCUUGGGCCAAAGCAGGAUACCGGCGACACAAGUCAAGUUCCUGAUAAAGGACAUCUAGAGCUUGAAGUAGAAUUUGCAGUCGAUGAUAAGAGCACACGUCAAAACAAUCAAAAGUGGGGAAGCGACACCAUAGCAUCAGGUGAAACCAGUUCCACCCUUCAUCACCAAAACGGACCAUUCAUGCGUAAAACAAAGGUACAAAUGCAAACCUGA